AUGUUCCGCAGGUUGAACGCACUUCUGAUCGCCAUUGCCCUGCUGGCCCCACCCAUUUGGUCGGCCCCGGAAUGUGGCCGUAAUGAGGAGCAGUGUAAGGAGCACAGGAUGCAUCCGGAUAUGCCGGAGCCGGAGUUGAAUGGACGGGCAUUCCGAGUGGUUGAGGGCGAGGAGACCAGCGCCUACUGGCGCGAACAGGGCGUUCAGUUUGUCCAGAAGAAGCUGGCCACCGAGUUGAACAAACGCCAGGCCAAGAACGUGAUUCUCUUCCUGGGUGACGGCAUGGGUGUGACCACCACCUCGACGGCUCGAAAUCUUCUGGGUGGCGAGGAGAAGACCCUCUCCUUCGAGAACUUUCCCUAUACGGGUUUCUCGAAAACCUAUUCCGUGGAUAAGACUGUUCCGGACUCGGCCUGCACGGCCACCGCUUACUUGUGUGGCGUGAAAGGUCAGGAGGGCACCAUCGGCGUCAAUGGGCAGGUGCCCCGAACCGACUGCAAGGUCAUGCUGGACGAGAGCACCCACGUCGACUCCAUUGCCAAGUGGGCCAUGGAGGCGGGCAAAUGGGCGGGUCUGGUGACCACCACCCGCGUGACCCACGCCUCGCCCUCCGGCGUCUACGCCCACAUUGCGGAGCGGGACUGGGAAAACGAUGCGGAGGUGACCAGCGACUGCGGAGCCAACUCUGGAAUCCAGGACAUUGCCUACCAGUUGUCCCGCGGCGAGGUGGGCAGCAAACUCAAGGUCAUCAUGGGCGGCGGACGCAAGAACUUUGUGGACUCCAGCCUGGAAUCGUGGGGUAAACGUACCGACGGUCUGAAUCUCCUCGACGAGUUCAAGGCGGCCAGCGAAAGGAAUGUCUAUGUGACCACCGCCGAGGAGCUGGCGUCUGUGGAUGUGACCAAGACCGAUCGCCUGCUGGGUCUCUUCAACGACGACCAUCUGCAGUACCUGAUGGAGACCACGGCGGAGAGUAGCCAGCCCACGCUGGAGCAGAUGACCCGCAAGGCCAUCGAGUACAUGAGCCAGAGCGACCAGGGCUACUUCCUCUUCAUCGAGGGCGGUCGCAUCGACCAGGCCCACCACAUCAACCAGGCGCGGAUGGCUCUGAAUGAGACCAUUGAGUUCUCCAAGGCCAUUGCCGCCGCCCAGGAGCUGACCAGCGAGGACGACACCCUACUGGUGGUCACCGCCGACCACUCGCAUGUGUUCACUUACGCCGGAUACUCGUACCGUGGUUCGGAUAUAUUCGGAAUGGCCCCAGUAAAUGGACAGGAUGGUCUGCCCUAUACAGUCCUGAGCUACGCCAACGGACCGAGUUACGAGAACUUCUAUGACGAGAAGACAAAGGAGCGCAUCGAUCCCACCACCGUGGUGACUGGUGCCCACGAUGAUGAGUUUCCCUCGGGAGUGCCAAUCGACAUGGACUCCCACGGUGGCGAUGAUGUGCCCGUCUAUGCCCUGGGUCCCUGGGCGCACCUGUUCACCGGAGUCUACGAGCAGAGCACCAUCCCCAGCCUGAUGGCCUACGCAUCCUGUUUGGGCGCGGGCCAGACCAUGUGCAAGUAGGAUGCCAUGCCGCCUCGCCAUAACAAUUAAGUUUGAAGCUCAUUAAAUAUAGCCAGCGAACGGCAUUUGCAUUCGCCUGCACUCGAGUUUAUUAUGCGAACGCAAACUGCAAA